AUGUCGGAAUUUACUCUACAAUAUCGUUCGUUAAACGUGAACCAUCUACUAGAUGAUGAAUUAGAGCAUGAGCUCACUAUUCGCGCGGUUAAAUUUACGAGUGGCGAAUCGCGCGAUGUGAAACGCAGAAAACUGCGAAAUGCGAUGAAACAACAACGCGAAACAAACCAUUUCGAGCUUCUCCCGGUAGAAGAAAACGCGCGCGAAUCAGAGUUCAAUCUGAUUGAUGAAAAGAUAGCGAUAAUUCGCGAUAUGCUAGAUAAUCGUCGUGCGCGGAAGUCUAUGCUGGCCGAACUGAAAACGCGUCUUAUUCAUCUGUAUUUCCGUCUAAUCAGAUUGAAACUAGUGUUCAAUACGCAGAAUCUAGAGGCCAUUCCGUUGAUGUUGCUCAAUGACCACUUCUCUUUCCUUUCCAAUGAUCCGUCCUUAGCUGCGGAAACCUCGCGAAGAACGCUGGAAUAUAUUGAGCAGUUGAGAGAUUUUGAUAUAGGAAGUGAUGAGUCUAGGAAUGAGGAGGAAGAAGAGGAAAAAGAGGAGCUGGAUGAAGAAGAGAUAGCUAAUUUUGAGAAAGACAGGCGUAUUACAUUCAGGAAUAGGUCGGAGGAAAUUGAUUCAAGUACUCCUAAAAGAACACUGGAAAAUAAACAAGAACUAAGUAGAGAUUUUUCAUUAUCCGAUGUUGCUGAGCUCAUUUCAGAGAAAUUGGCAGAAUUUAAAAUGGAAAUUUUUGAAACUCAAGAUAGGGAUAAGAAACUGAACCAAUUAAAAAAGAAACCAAUUAACCGUGAAAUUGGUAAAGCAGAUUGGGGUUUGAAAUCUAAUAAGAAGUUUACUCCCACGCAUUCUGAUAGCAGCGAGAACGAAAGCAUUUAUGCUGCUAAAACUUUGAAGCGCAGACCGAGACCAGUAACUGACUGGAAACUGCGCUAUGACGGUAGGGAUGAAGGCAGACAUUUAAACCGAUUCAUAACCGAAAUUGAAUUCUUGUCAGAGGCAGAGGGGAUUAGUAAAGAAACGUUGUUUCACGAAUCCAUUCAUCUCUUCGCUGGAGAUGCUAGGUCCUGGUUCAUUGAAGGGAAGAAAAACAGGCAAUUCAGAAGCUGGAAUGAACUGGUGGCGGAGUUGAAGUUGGAGUUCCAACCUCCAGAAAUGGACUUCAACUAUGAACAGCAAGCAGUGAACAGGCGUCAGAAAAGGGGUGAAAAAUUUCAGGAUUUUUACAACGCGUUGAUGGAGAUUUUCGGAAGGAUGGCCGAUCCCCCAACGGAAGAAAGGAUCUUCCAAAUCAUGUUCCGGAACCUUCGAGCGGAUUACAAAAAUUCGUUAGUCGUGAAGGGGGUUAGGACAUUGCAUUCGCUCAGGGUUUGGGGUAGAAAACUCGAUUCGGUGAACUGGUUUAUGUACAAGAACAUGGAUCAAGCUCCCAGGCAAGGUCAGCUGCACGAAAUCGCACAGUAUCCUUCUCAGAAACAGCAGACAUCUAACGGAAGGGAUUGGAAAGGUAGCGGCUACCAAAAGAGCGCCGAUUGGAAGAAUUCGGGUCGGUCUGAUUUCAAAGUUCAAAAUUAUGAUCAGAGAGGUCAGACCAGUUCCAAGUUCCAGGACCAAAGGCGCCCGGAGCCGAGAUCUUACCAUUCUCAACCUAACGCUCAGGAAGGUAAUAGCAGGACAUCAUUGGAAGCUAGAAUAGCAAAUUAUCGGGUACCGGAUCGAAACGCAGAAAUAGAAGAGCUUAUUAUUCGCGUAGAAGGUGACAACCGCCCGUUUGCGAGGGUGGACGUGAUGGGAGUUCAGGUUGUUGGGUUGUUAGAUUGUGGGGCACAAAUGACGGUUUUAGGUGUAGGAAGUAGGAAGCUGCUUGAUGACCUAAAGCUGAAACAGUAUCCCACGAACAUAAAACUUUCAACAGCCGGUGGAACUGCCCUGAACGUUACAGGAAUCGUUGAUCUGCCUAUGAUGUUUAACGGUGAAACUAAAUUGAUAUCUACAGUUGUAGCGCCGAACCUUAGUCGUCGUUUAGUUCUAGGAAUGAAUUUUUGGAAGUCUUUUGGAAUAGAACCGUCGGUUAGUAGGAUAGAGGAGAUCGCGUACGAAGAAAAUGAAGAACCGGAAGUAGAGAAUGAAGAAUUAUUGUCAUCAAUUGAGAAGCAUAGAUUAGAGGAAGUGAAGAAAAAGUUUAAAGUGUACAAAGAAGGAGAAAGGCUUGAUGCGACACCGCUCAUGACCCAUUCGAUUGAGUUCACCGAGGAAUUCAAGGACGCGCCACCAAUUCGGAUGAAUCCUUACCCGUGGUCGCCUGAGGUUCAAAAAGCAGUUGAUGAGGAAUUGAAUAAGUGGAUCGAUGCGGGGGUGGUCGAACAAUCGCACAGUGAUUGGGCUAUGUUAAUAGUUCCGGUUGUGAAGAAGGAAGAAAGCUCGGACUCGAAGGAAGGGAAACUUAAGGUUAGGAUGUGUAUCGACGCGAGAAAGCUAAAUGCUAGGACCCGGAGGGAUGCCUACCCACUUCCACAUCAGGACCGUAUCCUUAGCAGGUUGGGUCCAGCCAAGUAUUUGAGCACUAUUGACCUUUCCAAGGCAUUUUGGCAAAUACCGUUGGAUCCAAAAUCGCGAAAGUACACGGCUUUCCGGGUGUUUGGGAGAGGGUUGUUCCAGUUUACCAGGCUUGGAAUGGGAUUAGUUAACAGUGCCGCCGUGUUAUCGCGUCUCAUGGAUCAGGUGUUAGGGUAUGGUGAACUGGAACCAAAUGUGUUUGUUUACCUGGACGACAUCGUCAUUGUAAGCAACACAUUUGAGGAGCACCUCCGGAGUUUAGAGGAAGUAGCCAGACGACUCAAAGCUGCCAACCUUUCCAUCAAUUUGGAGAAAUCCAAAUUUGCUGUUUCAGAACUUCCAUACCUGGGUUUCAUCUUAUCUGAAAAGGGAUUCCGUCCUAAUCCAGAUAAGAUCGAGGCUAUCGUAAACUUUGAGCGACUUACGUCGGUCAGAUCGUUGAGACGGUUUUUGGGAAUGGUUAACUAUUAUCGACGCUUUAUUGAUAAUUUCAGUGAAAAGACUGCGCCACUGACGGAUUUACUAAAGGGCAAACCUAAGGUAAUCCAGUGGAAUGCGGAUGCGGACCAAGCCUUCUCGGUCCUCAAAGAAAAAUUAAUAACAGCGCCGAUACUAGCAAACCCAGAUUUCCAGAAACCUUUCACGAUCCAGACCGACGCGAGCGACACUGCUUUGGCUGGGGUUCUGACUCAGGAAAAUGAUGGAAAGGAGCAUGUUGUCGCUUACUUUUCACGGAAAUUGACCAUGACCCAAAGGUCAUGGAAAGCCGCUGAAAAGGAAGGGGCAGCAGCUAUGGAAGCUAUUGAGAAGUUCCGGCCAUAUGUAGAAGGAACACGAUUCACACUCAUAACGGACUCGUCAGCUCUUUCCUUCAUUAUGAACAGCAAAUGGAAACCGUCUUCCAAACUUAGUCGCUGGAGCAUGCUUCUACAGCAGUAUGACAUGGUUAUACGGCACAGAAAAGGAUCCGAAAACGUGGUUCCGGAUGCCAUUUCUAGGGCUGUAGAAAGCAUCGACACGACUAAGCAGGAAUGGUAUCCAAAGCUGUUCAAUGAUGUUGGAAAGAACCCCGAAAAUUUCCCGGAUUUCAAAAUAGAGGACAACAAGUUGUAUAAGUUCGUCGCUUCCCCCAUGGACACUAUGGACUACAGGUACGAGUGGAAAUUGUGCGUGCCAGCAGAGCUUAGACUGGAGUUGCUGAAACAGGAGCAUGAUGAAGCAUUACACCCAGGAUUCGAGAAGACGGUUUCCAAAUUAAAAAUACGCUACUAUUGGCCACAGAUGGCAGCCCAAACCCGGAAGUAUGUUCGAGCGUGCAGUAUGUGCAAACAAAUUAAGCCGUCAAAUUUGCCUACCGUACCGCCGAUGGGGAACCAGAGGUUGAGCAGCAAACCUUUUCAAGUCCUUGCCAUCGACUUUAUUCAAAAUUUGCCCCGGAGCCGGAAUGGGAAUGCCCAUUUGCUGGUCUUGAUGGAUUUAUUCUCCAAAUGGACCAUUCUUGUUCCGGUUAGGAAGAUCGAGAGUAAACAGGUGUGCAAAAUUGUAGAGGAUUGCUGGCUCCGGCGUUUUGGGACACCUGAGGUGUUGAUAAGUGACAACGCCACAACGUUUACAGGCAAAGAAUUUGGCAAGCUGUUAGAGCGUCGAGGAAUCCGCCACUGGCCGAAUGCAAGGCACCACAGUCAGGCUAAUCCGGUGGAACGGGUAAACCGAACCAUCAACGCCUGUCUGAGGUCAUACAUGCAGGAUGACCAGCGGUUGUGGGAUUCCAAGAUUGCUGAAGUUGAGGAAUAUCUCAACACAACCCAUCACGCUUCGACUGGUAUGUCACCUUAUCGGAUUCUCUACGGACACGAGAAGAUUCUUAAAGGUGAAGAACACAAAUUAGAAAGGGACGAAAGGGAAUACACCGUUGAACAACGUGAUGGGUUGCGUCGUGAUAUGAAUCAAAAGAUGUACAAUAUUGUGGAGCAGAAUCUGAAGAAAAGUCAUGAAAAACAUGAGAAGACUUACAACUUGCGUCACAAGAAAUUCGGUCCAUCUUAUCAAGUGGGUCAGAGGGUGUACAAACGGAAUUUCCGUCAGUCGUCAGCGGCUGACGGUUAUAACGCGAACAAGGCUGCAACCAACAUCGUCUUCAAGGUCGACAUUGCAUGUGGGUUGCAUGCAAUCUGCAAUAACUCGCCCAAACGAGUUAGAUGGGGUAAGGAAGAAGAAUGCGGAGCGGAAACCCAAGAAGAAGAGUCGUUGACUCAGUCUCCUAUUUCUUCCGGCGUUCGUGCGAUGAAGACGUGA